GAACCAUUCGUGUGGGGGUCACUGCUUCCAAAUCAGCCCCACGUUUGUCUCUCACUUCCCUCCGCUACUAAAACCCCUCCUCUUCCCUCUUCCUCCUUCUCAUUCCCUCAAGCUCCUCCUCUACAAUCACAUUCUCUCGACUCCAAAGUUGCUAUUUUGAACCUCUUGACGCAAAAGGAAAGAAGAAGGAAAAAAGAAAUUGGAUACCGUUGAGCUGAACCAUAGCUUGCUAGCGACUCAGUCACUCUGUCCUCGUCAAUAUCAAUGGCUGAGCUACCCUGCUCAGAGAUAGAGACAAGCAUUUACACAAACUGGUCCUCACACUCUCCGUCCUCGUCCUCGUCCUCGUCCUCAACAUCUGGACUGUCUCCGUCUCAGUCAUUGCCAAACUCUGCUUCUGAGCCAUUGCCAGCACAACAGAGGAAGCUCAAGCGGGGGCGGGAUAGCAGCAACAGCAAGCAUCCCGUGUACAGAGGGGUUCGAAUGAGGGCGUGGGGUAAGUGGGUGUCGGAAAUCCGGGAGCCCAGGAAAAAGAACCGGAUCUGGCUCGGCACCUUCGCCACUCCGGAGAUGGCGGCGCGUGCCCACGACGUGGCCGCGCUCGCUAUCAAAGGCCAUUCUGCCAUUCUCAACUUCCCGGAACUCGCGGGUUCCCUGCCCCGACCUGCUUCCAACUCCCCCAGAGAUGUUCAGGCCGCCGCAGCUAAGGCCGCUGCCAUGGAGGUAUUCAGUCCUCCGACGAAGUCGCUCUCGUCUUCCUCUUCGUCGUCGUCAUUGGCAAUGUCCUCCUCCUCCUCUGGCGACCCGUCCACCCCGGAGUUACUGGGCGAGAUAGUGGAGCUGCCGCCUCUGGGGAGCAGUUUCGAGUCGCCCGACCCGGGCAACGAUUUCGUGUUUUUUGACCCGGUGGAUGGGUGGCUCUACCCUCACCCAUGGUAUCACAGCAUUUAUGGUGAAAAGGAUUGUGGUGGGUUUUUCCUUGCGGAUGACACGUUAAUGCAAGAAGCAGAGAGUAUGGCCCAGUGUGUAUUUGAGAGCUCAUUGUGGCAAAAUUAACAUCACCCCCUGGUGCGUGGUCUCUCUCUGUGUCAAUCAAUCCUAUUUUUCCAGGGUUGUCAAUGUGAGCCCUUCCCCAAUUUUUCUCAUGAGGGCUAAACUAAAUACGUUUCUUAUCUCUCCAGUAGAUACUACUCACUUUAAUCUGCUCGUGUACUAAGCCACUUCACCCCCACUUAAGCUUCUUUCUUGUUUGUAAUAUCCUCAUUUGUUUGUUCCAUUCACCUCACUGUAAAAGUCACAGAAUUGGCGUGUUUCUGAUUUUGCUGUAGCUCUUGAAGCUUGGGAAUACAGCUCAUGCUUUUCU